UUGUCCGUCAAUGACGCGUAAUCGUUCGUAACAUCUGUCUUGGUUAUUAUAGCGCCGAAUGUGAUAGCCUACACAGUAUCAGCAAACAGAAAACGAACAUCUGAACAAGCCUAUCGUUGGAUAUGGGGCAAAUGUAUAGGAAAUUCGUAGCAUUUGGACUCUGAACCGUAGGAUUUAAUUGGCACGUCAAUGUGUAUUGGAGAAGUUAUUAGAUAUAAGGGGCCGUUCACAACAAACACGUCCUUGUGCUUAGACGUAGCGCCACGAACGCAGAUGUCUCGAGACGCGUUUUUAACAGUUGACUGUGUUUUUAACUGCACACGCGUCUAAAGACGCGGCGCAGCGUUCAAAGACGUCCUUCUAGCGCAUGUUUAAAUAGGAAUACAACUGGAAACAGCCGGAACAGACGCAACACCGUGUUCGGCGUGAACUGCCCCUAAGACUUGCAUGCUGAUUUGGACCGAUAGGGCCACUACCCCUAUCGCACAUAGUCUGAAACGUCAUCAACAUUUUCCUGUAUUUAAAUAGUCGAGAGAGGAGGUCAUUGCUGAAAUAAAAAAGAACGCCGGUCUAUUAAGAGAAACUGAGGGAAUUACAGACAAGUGAAGAUUUUCUAGAUUAGGCUACAUAAAUGGGGGAUUACGGCUUUGGAGUCCUGGUUAAAAACAAUGCUGCAAACAAAUCAGUUUUCCCAGUAAGAAUUCAUCCACACUUGCAGCAUACGGUCCACCACCAGACCGCUCCUCCAAGCCCCCCAGCCUUCAUCAGCAACAACAACAACACUAUCAGUGGUGGAAGUGUAGGGUCCACUUGGCUCUUCUCUGCUGUGGCGACCCACUCUAACAUGCAAGAUGAUAUUUUAGAGUCUGUGACGUCCAAAGCUCAGCAGCAAGGAAGCCAAGAAGAACAAGACAAGCAGACACUCUCUCCACCAGGUCACCAAGAAACACCAGGAAUCAUAUCAGAGUUGGACAACACCAUGCCAGAGGAGAUUCAGCUGGAGAAAGGGACCAUGGAGAAUGGUAAUGGAAAGGAGGGUCUGCUUCUUGAAUCUCCAGUGCUAUCAGGGUUUGAUUAUCAGGAGUCAUCAAGCAUUGGUACUUUAGCCCAGUCCAGUAGCACUUCCUCAUCAUCCCUUACUGGCUUCAGCAGCUGGUCCACUGCUAUCCCACCCAACCCCUCCACCUUGAUCGAAGAGGUUGGCUUUUUCAAUCAGGCUGCUACUACUAACAAUGCUCCUCCACCACUGCUAUUUCAAAGUUUCUCUCACCACACCAGUACAGGAUUUGGGGGUAGUUUCUCCCACCAGAUAGGGCCUCUAUCUCAGCACCAUCCAUCUCCUCAUCCUCACUUCCAGCACCCUCAUAAUCCGCACCGGAGGUCCUCGGCCAGCCCCCACCCACCCCACUUCUCCCACCGCAGUGCUGCUUUCAAUCAGCUUCCCCAUUUGGGGAAUAACCUAAGCAAGCCUCCCUCCCCUUGGGGAAGCUAUCAGAGCCCCUCCUCCACCCCUUCUUCAACUUCUUGGAGCCCAAGUGGAGGGUAUGGAGGUUGGGGAGGCUCUCAGGGCCGGGAGUAUCGUAGGGGGUUGAAUGGAGGGGGCAAUUCUCUCAACUCAAACUCGCCUUUAAAUAAGUCUUUCCCAAAUAACCAGACCCCCACACAGAAGUAUCCCCGCAACAACUCCAGUUUCAACACUAAACCCUGGAUGGAGGAUACCAUUAACCGCAAUGAUGGGAUCUUUCCAUUUCAGGAGCGCAGUCGAUCCUUUGAUGGCUUCAGCAUGCACUCUCUUGAGAACUCCCUGAUUGACAUCAUGAGAGCUGAGCAGGAUUCCUUUAAAGCAAGGAAUUACGGGAGGCGACGAGGUCACUCAUCCUUGUUUCCCAUGGAGGAUGAGCGGAAUUUUGGAGAAGAUGAGAGGUCUGAUCAGAGCCUGAGUGGUCUGGGCUCACCACAUAGUUUCCCUCACCAGAAUGGUGAACGCAUUGAGCGCUAUUCUCGCAAGGUCUUUGUUGGUGGUCUUCCUCCGGAUAUAGAUGAAGAUGAGAUCACUGCAAGUUUCCGACGUUUUGGACAUUUGUUUGUGGACUGGCCACACAAAGCAGAAAGUAAAUCUUACUUCCCACCGAAAGGGUAUGCGUUUCUUCUGUUCCAAGAUGAGAGCUCUGUCCAGGCACUGAUUGACGCCUGUAUGGAAGAGGAUGGGAAGUUUUAUCUUUGUGUCUCUAGUCCUACAAUCAAAGACAAGCCGGUCCAGAUACGACCCUGGAAUCUGAAUAACAGUGACUUUGUGAUGGAUGACUCUCAGCCCCUUGACCCCAGGAAGACCAUCUUUGUUGGGGGAGUUCCACGGCCUCUACGAGCUGUGGAGCUGGCAAUGAUAAUGGACAGACUCUACGGUGGAGUGUGCUAUGCUGGCAUUGACACUGACCCUGAGCUGAAGUAUCCAAAAGGGGCUGGACGGGUGGCCUUUUCCAAUCAACAGAGCUACAUUGCUGCUAUCAGUGCUCGCUUCGUGCAACUGCAACAUGGAGAGAUCGAUAAACGGGUGGAAGUGAAGCCAUAUGUACUGGAUGACCAGCUUUGUGAUGAGUGUCAGGGUACACGUUGUGGGGGAAAGUUUGCUCCUUUCUUCUGUGCUAAUGUCACCUGUCUCCAGUACUACUGUGAAUACUGCUGGGCAGCCAUUCACUCGCGUGCCGGACGGGAGUUCCACAAGCCUCUAGUGAAGGAGGGAGGGGACCGGCCUCGUCACAUCUCCUUCCGCUGGAACUGAUCCUGGAGGUCAAGGCUGUGCUAUUUGUAUAAAUGCACUUUUCAUUUUGCUAAGUCCUUUUUAUUUAGAGUUCUUUUUAAGUCUAAAUUGUAUUUAUAUUAAGUUUUUAAUUUUUUUUGCAGAAGAGAAUGCUAAAAGAAAAUUACGUUAUCCUGAUUUUUGUUGAAAAGCUAUAUUGGUGCGCAUGAAGACUUGAAUGCAUUAGAUUUAAAAAUAUAGAUGUUUAGCCUGACUUGACUCUGGAUUACUGUUUUAUCAUUAUUCUUGUGGCACCUCAUCAACUGUUUGUAAUGGAUCACAUUUUCACUUAGAAGACCAUGCACAAAGAGGUAGGAAAUUAAAAGGCUCAUACAUCCAUUGAAUGACUUUUAAUAAUUACUAUUUCAGUCUAGUCUUAAAUGGUUGCAUGGCAAAAUGAGGAAAAAAAAAAAGCGCCAUGACGUUUAGCAGGACAUCACAGCCUAUUGGUUCUGCUGGAUGAGUUACAUGGAAUGGUUCUAACAUGUGAGGCAGUUGUUCUACUUAAGGCAUCUGUAUCAAAUUCUCAUACUAGCAACACUCAGACACUUUUAAGAUACUGGCUUACAUGUUUUAGAGCACUAAAACAAAGUAAUAGCUAACUUUGGUGAAAUCAAGCAUAGCCACCACAAGACCUGAGGCUAAAGAACUAAGAGUAGAAACAGUCAUAUGGUUUGUGAUUUGUGUCUUGCCUUGUUACACAAGUUUUAGUCGGCAAACCAAAGAUGAGCUUUAGAGAUGUCUAUAUCAUGGAGAUUUACAAAUAUGGUAGAAAGCAUACAGGCUUCAUUGGUUUGGUAGACAAAGAAAAACAUUGAAUUCUUGUAGAGGUUUUGGCAGUAACUUUGAGUCAUUGGGAUUUUGUGCUAAAAGCUAGCUCAAUAUUGUAGUAUUUACUAACAGGAAAUGUCCAUGUGUUGCAUUGAUAGUGUUUUAAUGCAUGGGUUUUGCCAUGAAUUUAUUGGUGUUCUAACUGAGCAUUGCAGGAGCUGAGCAGCACAUUUCAAAGAAUUUAACAAAUAUUAUUUUUUACAUGGUCUGCUGAUUUUUGUACUGUGUUUUAUAGCUGAUUUUGUCAUGGUGUAAAAAAACACAUUAUGCACUACUUUUCUAAAUAUUGUUUUUCAUGUCACCUUUUUUUCCACAAAUGGUUGUGAUAACUUGUUUUGUUUUUCACUUGUUGAAUAUAGAUUUGUAUCUUUUGUUACUAAGUGAUAUGAUUAUAGGAAGAAAAGUCUAAUAUAAUUUUUUUGGUUGAAGAUUUUAUGUAUUUGCGUGCUGAAAACCCUAAUAUAUAUAUAUAUAUAUAUUAGUUUACUUUAUUGUUAAAACAAAUAUCUAAUAAUUGCAAAACGCAAAGGUUUUUUUUUUUUUUUUUAAUGUAUCUUAAUGGACAAAGUAAAUAUUGAAUCUAGUAUGACAAAAAAAAAACCUGAAAAUGUUUGGUACAUGUAGAAAUAUAUACGUAUCCAGUACCUGCUAUCACGAUACUUCCCUCAUUACUGGGUAUUGAAAAUAAAUAAUGAAACAUUUAAAUUAGGGUAGUGUUAGGACGCACCUUUUAUCACAAUGAUGAAUGUUCCACGUUGAAAUGUCAGUGUUUAUUAUUAUGUAUAUUUCUGAGAGGCCAACAAGGUUAAUUUAGUUUUUAGAUUUUUAUUAGCUAAAUUAAGGAUGUUUAUGAUUUUGAUGUUAAUAGUAAUUUAGUUUCAACCCUUUUUCCCAGAUUGUGGUCUAUACAUUACAUUUUCAGUUAUGUACCUUACUCAUGCACAAGCUGUGCAUACUCUUCACUUUAAUGUGUGUACUAGUUAGCAAAGGAAAAGAAGCAUUCAGGAACACUGAUGGAAAGAUUUGGGUGAUUAAUCACAUAUUGAUUCAGGGUUUACAUGAAUACACUUUCAAAAUACUGACAGCGAGAUCUGUGCAAUACAUUUUUACCCUGAGAUAUUUGCAGUGUACUUCUAAUAUCAUCACAUACUGUGUGCAAAUCCAAGAAUUCUAACCUCACCUCACAAUAUCGCCUUUAGCUAUUAAAACCUUUACCAUUCUCUGAUUUAUAUAGUAAACUGUACCACUGAAAUUGCAGAUGUUUUUACUUUUAUGUAUUCACAUAUUUUCCUACUUAAUUUCAUGCUACUGUGAUUACAAUGUAAAUAUUAAGUGAAUACUGUUUUAAACAUUUACUGAUAUAUUUUUUAUUGGAAUGUAAUACUUGUCAUUUUAAUUUUUGAUCAGUAAAUCAGUACACUUCAUAGAUUUUCUAGUUUUAAUAAUCACUAUUGUGCUUCAUGUCUACAGAAGGAUAAGAAAAAUGUCAGAAUAUUCUCUAUGUAACUGGUUAUUUAAAUUUAACAUAGUUUAUAUCUGUGUAUGGGAAGGUGUAUUUAUCAAUAGAUUUUUAUAAAAGGAAUAAUUUCUUUGCUAUGUCAUUUUAUAAGUUUUAAUUUGAUAUAUUUUAAAUCCAUAAAUAGUUAUGUAAAGAAAAAUAUUUUAUGGUUGGGUUAGUCAUACGUGUGCUUUGGUAGUUUUGUCAAUUAUUUGCAGUUAAAUAUUUAUAACAGAAUGCGUAAUUUUGAAGUAUUUGUAAUGUGAAAUGUUGAAUGAAUAAACUUGAUG